UGAAUUUUUAGCAAUGUUUGUUUCCCACAGAAGAAUUGCGCCAAAAACAGAUCAUAUUUGCUUUACGUCUUGAACGUUCGGCGCGCCUAAAGGUAUGCAAUAUAUCGUUUUUACUGGUUUUGAACCAGUUCUAACAAAUCGACCAUCGGGAACUACUCAUCCGUGGAAAUAAUAUUUAGUACAUUCAUGAAAAACAGCUAUUUGGUUAAAGAUUUUUUUGCUAAUCCUAUUUUCUGGCUUAAUACAACCAUUCUAGAAGUCCUUUUUAAAACCCAUCAUCGAGUGAUCGACGAUGGUAAAUGCUUAUUGCAUACUUCAAGGCGCACGGUAUUACAAUUGUUCUUCUAAACUGCUGUUCCUUUACUAUCACUUCGACGAGAGCAUAUUUGCGACAAGAUAACAGCAGACGAAAUCAGCUGUUGCUGGGUUGAGACAUACGUACGACGACCCGCAGCUUCUUAUAGUGUUUGCUGGCGUCGCAUUGCUAUUGUACUGUGUGUGUGGUCUUUACACUGCACGCCCGUAUCAUCCAAUCCCAUCGUCUUGUAAUGCUACCCGUACCGGUAUCGCUACUAGAAGAAUUUUAAUCACAGAUACUGACAUUGAUUCUCACGAGAGCAGCCGCCGUUUCGAUGAAGUGUGGUGCGUACGCCACAGCCGGUGCGAGAGUGUCUGUAUGCUGCUUGUGUGGACGGGUGCCGUGGACUUUUCCCGCGUCAUGGCAGUACUGCUGUGCGCUCAGUAGACGAAUGUUCACCCAACCGGUCGCAUCGCGUUCGGGACGUGUCGGUAGUUUCUUCGGCCAACUGAUACGAUAAACGGUACGAUCGAUUCGUACCGAGGCGCACUAUUAUCUAGCCUGUGGUGGUGUUCGCUAGUAGUUGCGUGUCUGGUAAAAGUGCGUGAUCGUCGUUCAUCAGUGCUAUCACUAAAUUGCAACUUCCGUGGUGUUAGUUCAUUAACGUGUGACGUGACGUGCAUUAACAAUUCCGAUCUUUGCACUAUUGGUGAUCGAUUCUAACAGUGGCCGAGUUCCAUUCCGAGUUCGCUUUGGUGCAAUGUGAGAACCAUUUGCAGUAGUAUCUUCCCAGUGCCACCCAAAUAGUAUUGACAUCUUCAAUGUCUUGGGAUGCUCAAUAUUUGUUCCUCAACAAGCGUUGUGUUUAUGAAGGUGCGUCCUCACUUAACAAGCAAGCAAUCAGUAACCUUAAAAAGUGGAAAGUCCUUCGAUACUAGCAGCAGGGCGGCUGAUUGUUCUGUGGCAUUUGUCACACUUGUGCGCCGUGGGUCAAGUAGUUGAAGGUGGCUUAAGGCGACAAAAUGUUUAAAAGCAAACAUCGUUCCGGCGGCCACGAGCAUCAUCAUCAUCACCAUCAUCAGCAGGUAAAUAUAGAUCCGGACGACGGUUGCAUCGAUUACAAGCGAGGGGGCCGCUGUUUCGUUUCGCGAUCAAACGCCCACGAAGAGGAAGUAGAAUUUUAAAAUAUCAACAAAAACACAAAUGCAAUCCCCUUGCGGUUGUGAUCUCCACGACAUUCGUUCCUAAUGGUUUCUUUAGAAGCAUAGCAUGUUUUGUCUAAGACACGAAGAAUGAAUGUCCAUUUGUUUGGGGACGACACGAGCUUAAACCAUACACGAAAAUUAUUGCAAAUGUUCGCGGGAAGGUUGUGUCAUGAGCUGAGGACGUGUUUUCUACUAUCUGUGCGAAAUGUUUAAAAGCAACUCAAAACUGCUUACACUACACAGACUGCAGACAGAGAUCAUAUUUCGUCUACAAACGGAUGUGCUUCCAAUGUUCCAAAAAGGGAAGACACUUCAAACGAAUGCACGAUGGUCACGGGUGUUUAUUUGCGAAAAGAUAUCAUGGCACUGGCCACGGGAUCUCUUAUCAGCACGCAGUACAAGAGCAAACCAUAAAGGCCCAUUCGAUAGGACUGGCCUGGCACUUGACGGUGUUUUCGCCCCUGUGGUCGCUUAUCAUGUGUGUGGCAGGGUUGACGGAAUUCUCCCAUGUACGGCGCUCGUUAGCCAAUUAACAUUCAACGCGAAACACGUUGUUUGCCAUCACUUAUUGCUGUGGUUGUUUAAUUAAAGAACAACCCAUAUCCUGAUCGUUCGCUCAAAAGUGCGGUACCUUUGGCUUAGUAUCCGACCGCGACCGGUUGCGUGGGAUAUAGGUCGAACAGCAAAAUAUAAUGGUACAGUGUGUGCAUCGUGUGAUCGCACUUCGCCUGAAUGAUACUUAAUAAACCCUCGAAGGGACUAUAAUUCAUCGUUCAUCGACACGCUGACGUUAUCGUGAUUAAAGAAAUGAGUGUACGAGGUGUUAAGCUGUCUGAUUUACAAUCUUCACAAUUACUCUCAGUCUGUGCGUGUGUGGGUGUGUGUGUGCUCAUCGUAAAACAAUAUGGCGAUCAAUUGGUCAAUAAAUUUCCCUUCAUCAAACCACCGAAGGUGCGUGGUAGCAGGCAGUUUGUUAAUUUAUUCUAAUUGAUGUCCUUUACUAUUGAUAAUGGCAUCAAAGUCAGUGGAAGGCGUUAUGAAAGAUGAUACUGUUGUAUCGUGAGAGGAAGAAAAGGAGGAAGGUUACAACCUUUAAACUAAUGGACAGUGAGUGAGUGGGUAUUUCGUGUUUUGUUGCUUGACUUGACAUGACUGUGUAGGCCAACAAGACGAUGACUGAUUUUCACCAUUAUCAUGCACAAUUCAAUAUACCCUUAAAGCAUAUCUACCUUAACAAAUGUUUCGAAUAAAAUACAAGCGCUACAAGCGCUCUUAUCUUCAUGAUUGUGGUAAAAAAAGCGUUAAAAAAGAAUAUUACUUUAUAUAACCAUUGUUUAACUAAAUUUAUUUUAUUUCUGUUGUAAACACACUAUUCGACCAUCGAUCUAUCAUUAUUUAUUGAAGUUCCAUACCAUUAUCCUUAUCAUACGAUAUAUUAUUGGCUUCCUAAAAGAAAGACAAAAGUGUUCUUCAAUUCAAUGUUUUAUAAGCCAUAUUUUUCAGCAUUUAAAUAAAUGUCAUUUCUUCGCCGCCGUGCAUGUUCUGUUAGUGUAUGUUGUUUUUAAAACCGGAAAAAAACUCAAACAAAGAUUGGUUUCAAUGUUACUGUGCUCGAUGGUGUUGUUGUUUUACUAGAGCAAGAAACAUUCUACUAGAGCAGAAAGGAUUACAACUACUAGAAUGGACUCUUACAAUGAAUAGCAUCGAUUUGUAUUACCUCCUGUAGUGAGAUUCGCUGGAGUUUUUUUCGCUUUUUCCAUGCAACCGCUGGUGCCGUGACUAGGAUUUGUGACACUCCGGGUAUCAUCGGUGUAGGAUAGCGUAAUAGUUUCAAUAGUUCCUUGUUAGCGGAAUAUGUACGUGCUAGAAUAGAACGAUUAGAUUCACCUUCUUCCUUGCUUCGGCAUAGAAUAGAAGCAUUAUAUAUUGAAAUGCUAGUAUUUAACGUAGAAGUGUUAGUAGAAGUGUAGCAUUAGAGCCGUAUUCAUAUGCAAAAAAAAAACAAAAUAAAGGGAAAUUAAUGAUUUAUAUCAUAAAUUGGACAUGACAGGAGUUUCCACUAUAUCAGAAAGAGAAGAGAGAGAGAGAAAGAUGAUAAAUACAUGUAUCUUUCUUUCUACUUUACACAUAUCUUAAUUAAGAACUGUGGAAAUUCCUGAAUCGAAUUUUGUUUGUUAAAGUAUUUAAUAAAAAUAUCAAGUGGCUCAACUGAUAUAAAUUUAAGAUAGUAAAACUCUUUCAUACAAAUUCAUCAUUCCAAGAUAAGGUGAUCACAUACAAAUGGGUAACCUUCCUCUAGCCUGCUCUAGGUGCGUUUGCUUACCCUGCUCGCAUAAUAGUAACCGAACCCCUUUUACUAAUCGGAAUGACAGCUACUACAGAGUCGUUUUUUUGUCCGUUCGUUUCCCAAUCCGUGUCUAACCUUUCGCUCGUCCUGUUCCUUCCUCCGGAUUGUUUGUUUUUGUUUUCUACUUUUAGUGCCCAUGCUGCAUUGCCGGUUAGUGGCCGUUCGUUGUUGUUUUUUUUUGGUAAGAGUUUUAGAAUGCUGCUAAACGCCGCGCUAGCAAUGUUUGCCAUUAGCCGAAUGCCGGAAUGCUCCGAAUGAUAACCGAUUUCGUACUGUUUUGUUGUUGUGUCUUAUGCGUCGAUUUUGCUGUUUUAUUUCCAGACUCUGUUGUGUUUGUUGCGUUCGAACGCUCCUCAGACGUGUGUUUCGUUUGUUCAGCUGUAUGUUAAACGUCCGUUCCGUUGCUCCACCUUUGCGACCGUCUGUACAGAACCUAUCCGAAGAAGAGUAGACCAAACCAAAUAGAAAACACAAGAGGAAAAGUACUCUAUAGCAAGGACUCAAGGGCUUUGGUGGCUUUAUUUUUUGUGGGAUCAUUCCGUAAGGCUGUGUCCGUUCGUGUACGGAUGGACAAUGAGCAAGAUUCCCCAGGGUGACAGUGCGGCAUAGCUAUACUUAACGCAUAAAGCACCGCCGGAGGCAUACUGAAGGAACCGUCACUAACCCAAGAGCUGAGAUCAUCACAUCAGCAAUUCUAACCACUCGAGACAAUCAACGUUUGUACAUCUUCACUAGUGAUCAUUACUGCGUCUUCGGUUUCUUUAGUCGUAUGGAUGGAGACAAGAGCUACGAUCACGUGAAGGCUUUGGUGAGCAGCAUUCACGGAUCGUUCGCCGAUGCAUCGUUGCUGGAUCGCACUAACAACAACAGCCCGUUGGGGUUGCGAACCGCUGCGACUACACCGUCCAGAACACCGUCACCUUCACCGUCCCCUUCACCGGAUGUUGUCCGGACGACCACAGAGGAUGAUUCGCAGGCACAGACAACGGCCACUUUUCCAGCCGAUGGUCAGGAACGGGCAGCGGCCGACGGUGCCGCCGCACCGGCCCCGACAGGAUCUUCGGAAACUACCGGCGCACCGGUCACCGGGCCCGGUAACAGCCACAGCAGCAGCACACCGACCAGGCUACUGCAGCAUCGGUUGCGCAUACCUUCGCUGGUCGUAACAAGCUCGCUUUCGCCUUACCAUCCAGGCAAUCUGCUCGCUGCCAGUGCCGACCCUGACCAUACGACGCCCAGGCGGUUCAGUUUUGCGAUCAUGAGACGUCACUCCAAUACGGCACUGAAUCGGUGCGAUUCGAUGGGAUCCUUGGGCCACCGUUCGCUCCUACAGUACCUGGAAACGGAUGAUCUAGCUGGACUAAAAUCAUUCCUUGGCACCCGCCACCUGCAGGUCGACGAUCGAGAUGAGAAUAACACAACGGUGCUGAUGGUCGCUAGCGGCCGCGGUGCGUCCCAUUUCGUGAAGGAACUGCUGUCCCGGGGAGCCGAUGUGCAGGCACAGGAUCUGGACAACUGGACGGCGCUACACUUCGCUGCCAAGGCCGGUCACGUCAGUAUCGUCGAGAUACUGCUGGACAAUGGGGCCGAACUGGAACACCGGGAUAUGGGUGGAUGGACGGCACUUAUGUGGGGCUCGUACAAGGGUCACACCGGUGUGGUGGCGCUACUGUUACAGCGUGGUGCCGAUGUGCAGGCACACGGCAACUACCAUCUCAAUCCCCUGCUCUGGGCAUCCGGUCGGGGUCACACGGAAAUCGUGCGACUGCUGGUCAAUACGGGCGGUGCGAAGGUGAAUGUAGGUGAUAAGUACGGGACUACGCCGUUGGUAUGGGCCUGCCGGAAGGGAAGUACGGAGAUAGUGGAUGUCCUGUUAAAAGCGGGUGCCAAUGUCGACACAGCUGGCAUGUACUCGUGGACACCGUUGCUGGUAGCGGUCAGUGGUGGCUUUCAGGAAUGCGUUUCCCUGCUGUUGGAGCGCAAACCGAACGUGAACGCGCUGGACAAGGACGGCAUGACGGCACUAUCGAUUGCUUGUCGCGAAGGGUUGACCGAGAUAGCGUCGGCACUGAUCGCGGCUGGUGCGUACCUGAAUGUGCAGGAUCGUGCCGGUGACACACCGCUAAUCAAUGCCGUCAAGGGCGGCCACCGGAGUGUGGUCGAGAUUCUGAUGAAGCGCCACGUAGACGUGGACAUACAGGGCAAGGACAAGAAGACGGCACUAUACACGGCGGUCGAGAAGGGUCAUACGGCGAUCGUAAAGCUGAUACUGCAGUCCAACCCGGACCUGGAGCUAUCUACCAAAGACGGCGAUACGGCACUGUUGCGGGCCGUCCGCAACCGCAACCUGGAGAUUGUGCAAAUGCUGCUGGAACGCAAAGCGAAGGUGGGCGCGACGGACAAGCGGGGCGAUACCUGCUUGCACGUGGCAAUGCGUGCGCGCUCGAAAGCGAUCGUGGAAGCGCUGCUAAGCAACCCCAAGUACGGCCAGCUGCUUUACCGUUCGAACAAGGAAGGUGAAACACCGUACGCAAUUGAUGCGACACAUCAGAAAACGAUCCUAGGGCAGGUUUUCGGCAACCGGCGACUGAACGCCAACGAAGACUCGGAGGGUAUGCUUGGGUACGGGCUGUACUCUUCGGCACUGGCGGACGUGCUGAGCGAACCGACCCUUACCACACCGAUCACGGUUGGGCUGUACGCGAAAUGGGGCAGUGGCAAAAGCUUCCUGCUGACGGAACUGCGCGACGAGAUGAAAAACUUUGCCCACUCGUGGUCGGAACCACCGAUCGACGCAUCGUGGCUGUUCUUUCUCAUCAGCCUGCAUCUGGUAAUUGUGAUCGGUACCGUGGUAGGGCUGGCCACGUGGAGCUACGUGUGGGGCAUCGUUACCGGUGCCAUCCUGCUGGUGCUCAUCUACUUUACGGACAUCCUGUUCAAGUUCCUCGAUCGCCGUUACGAUCUCGAAUGGCUGUACUCGCUUAACUACGGUCUGUCGCGAAAGCUCGGUCGGUUACGGCUGAUACUGCAGGUCGCCUUCUGCCAUCCACCGGGUCCGCAGAGUGAUCAGCAACCGAUGCCGGUACGGUUUCACUUUGCCGAAGCGAGCGGUGCUGCACCGAACGGUGAUGCGGCAGUGGCCCUAAUGCUGGCCUCUUUGUUCGAUGCGAUCGAAGCACACUACGGUUCGCUGGCGACCGGGCUUUAUCGUGCCUUUCGACCGAAACCCUUAAAAGCUUCCGGUGGAUGGAAAUGGCGCAAAAUGUGCUGCAUGCCGGUGGUGCUAAUGUUUGAAUUGGGAACGUUAGGCAUUCUGGCUACCGCUUCCCUGUCGAUCGUGUAUUCUGAAUACGGCGUGGAUGAACGCGAUGAGAUAGCGGUGGCAAUUUACAUCCUGCUCGGUAUUCUGCUAGCCGGAGCCAUCGCUAACCUGCACGCCUGGUCGAAACUGAUCGGUGCCUUGUUUAUGUCACAGGGCAAACACCUCAAGCGUGCCUUCAACAGCAACGAAGCGGCCCCACUAACCGCACUCGGUGCCGAAGUGAGCUUAAUGACGGAUAUGGUACGCUGUCUGGACGCGUUUACCGGCCAGCAAAGUCGACUGGUCGGUGUGGUCGAUGCGCUUGACUCGUGCGAUACCGAGCGAACGCUAACGAUUUUAAACGCCGUACAGACGCUGCUAUCCGCACCGCAGCGACCGUUCGUACUGCUGCUAGCGGUUGAUCCGCACGUUAUUGCCAAAGCGGCGGAAGCCAACAGUCGCCGGCUGUUUACCGAGGGUGGAAUCGGUGGGCACGAUUUUCUGCGCAACCUGGUCCACCUGCCGGUGUACUUGCAGAAUUCCGGCUUGCGAAAGGUGCAACGGGCACAGAACACCGCCAUGUCGGCUUACCGGCGUGCCAUGCCGGAUCUGAGCCGGGACGAUGAUCAGCCGCACCUGGGCCAUUCAGCAUCGGCACGGCGGCUGUCAAACGCGUCGGAAAUCAUGUCAUCGCAGGAGAAGCUACGCGCAAUGCCGAGUUCGUCGCGCGGUGGAAGCAAGAAGCUGCGCGUGUCCGACUCGAUUGCCAGCUCGAUCGGUUCCAAUCUGCACAAGCUCGGCCAAAAUCCGCCGGUAGAUCUGUCGAAAAUCAUUCUCACCGAUGACUACUUCAGCGAUGUUAAUCCGCGAAGCAUGAGGAGACUGAUGAACGUUAUCUAUAUUACUGUCCGCUUGCUGAAGGCCUUUCAGAUAGAUUUCAGCUGGUAUCGAUUAAGCUCGUGGAUAAAUCUCACUGAACAGUGGCCCCUGCGGGCUAGCAUGAUCGUGCUGGAACACGACCAAGCCGGUGAUAGUUUCGACGACUCGGUCUCACUUCAAGCCGUGUACGAUAAGGUGCGUCCAAAACUAACGUGCCUGCGGGAAGCAGCAACGUUGCUCGAUCUGGAUCGUGACGAACGUAAGCUGGAUGCCUUUCUGCAGCUUCACAAAUCCGACCUGCUCGUGUCCGAUCUUCGUAUCUUUUUACCAUUCACCAUCAACCUCGAUCCCUAUCUCAGAAAGGUGCUUAAGGAGGAUCAGCAAGCGCUGGAAGACGAAGGAAUCAUCAUACCCAUGAAGACGGUCCUGCCACCAACUAAACCGGCCGGAUUUAUGCCGCAUCAUCAUCGGGCGCAAGGUGGCAGCUUGCUGCAACCGACACCGCAACAUCCUAGCAAUCUUACCAACUGGCCAAACUUUUACAACCCGCAACCGCAGGCAAUGGCACUGAUGAGCUAUUACAAUCAAAACUGGGCCAACUUCCUAAACCCCGGUGCGAAUGCGCUCAUCGGCGAUCCUAUGAACAAACCUGGUACGGUUCCCGGUGGACCUAUAAUAACGGAACAUCCUACGUACGAUCAGCAUUCCACAUUGGCCGGAACCGGUGGUAGUGGUCGGGGUAAGGGCGCGAGCAACAACCACAAAUCCACCAAUGGACUGGCGACAUCGCCACCAAUCGAUAUCGACCUGACAAACGUACAGCUUUCCACCCUAACGGUGGAGCAGCUAAUUGAUCUGCUCGGCCAGGUGAACGAUCUAAAGCCGACAAUGGAGCGUACAGCGCCGAUAUUACGCGAGAACGCCAUUUCCGGUCGGGUGCUGAUGUACUGCAAUCUGGAAGAAUUAAAAUCCGUGCUUCGUCUCAGCUUUGGACACUGGGAAAUGUUUAAGCUGCUGGUAACCGCACUAAGGGAAUCGACCAUUUCCCAACCAUCGAGCCGAAAGCUCUCGAAGACUACAUCGUUCGCGAAGGGAACGAACGAUACGGUGGAGCUGCAGGAACCGAUUGCCCAAUCGACACCACCGUUCGGUUCCGCGUCGAGUAGCUUCCAGCCGAUACGGCAAAAGUCCCAAAAUUUGCUAGAAAAACAGCCAGCAAAAGUGCAUGAUUACGAAUAUCUGCAGGUGACGCUCGAGGAGCAGAUGAUCUGUGGCGCGCUGCAAACACUCAAUGAGGACGCGUUCGAGGAUGUGGUCAGCAGUAGCGAGCGGCCCAGCCCAACCGGUGAGAUGUUUAGCCAGUACCUGGCGCCAAUAAGGGAAAGCUCGGAAAUCGGUUCACCGCCUCGCCUCACUUACAACCUUACUAACCCAAACCUGACCGAUCUUGCCACCAGCAACGGUACGCUGAACGGGGACGACAGUGGUGUCGGUGGGGGCCACCUCGGUCCAACACCACGGUCCGGUUCCGGCCGGCACAGUCGCUCCCACAGCUUGCAUGACGAUGCAUCGCUCACCAGCAUUGUGGUCAUUCCCACCUUCCUAACCACGUCCCCCAGCACCACCACCACCACCGGCAACAUCAACGACACCAAGCUCUAAUUCACGGUGAAUCGAUUCUGCACCCGGAAUGCCGACCCGACCCACCAGCAAAAUGGUCACCAUUUUGGUGAUCGCUGUUGUUGAUGUUGUUGUUAUUUCGUUGUUGUGGUUGUUGUUGUUGAUGAUGGUGAUGUUGUUGUGUUCUGCCGUUUUGGGUAUUGCUGUUGUUUGAUGUGCUUUAAAACAAACAAAAGAAAAACGAAAACAAAAAACUUACAUUCCAACACCGUAGCAUGUGCAAAUAUGGUGCGAACACACACACUAGCUUAUCUUUAAAAAUUGGAAAAACAGGAAUGGAACGAAUAGAAUUGGAAUCUAACCAAACCUUUCAUGCACAUCGCGCAAUCCACGCAACACACACAAUCCCAUAUCCGGCGAGAAUGCGUUAGUAAAAUAGGACGAA